AUGGAGCCAGCAGCGGCCUCGGCGGACUGCACCAAACGCGGCACGACCGCCACGAAGCUCGGGUUGGCCGAAAUGCUCAAGGGUGGAGUCAUCAUGGAUGUAAAGGACGCCCAGCAGGCGCGCAUUGCAGAGAAAGCGGGCGCAUGUGCAGUCAUGGCUCUCGAGAAGAUCCCUGCAGAUAUUCGCCAAUCUGGCGGCGUUGCUCGGAUGUCCGACCCAGCUCUGAUCGAGGACAUUAUGAAAGCUGUCUCAAUUCCCGUGAUGGCCAAGUGCCGGAUUGGGCACUUUGUGGAGGCGCAAGUCCUCGCGGCUGUCGGAGUGGAUUUCAUCGACGAGAGCGAAGUGCUGACCGUGGCUGACGAGGAGAACCACAUCAACAAACACAAAUUCCAAAUCCCCUUCGUGUGCGGCUGCCGCAACCUCGGCGAGGCUCUCCGACGCGUUGCCGAGGGUGCCUCGAUGAUUCGGACCAAAGGCGAAGCAGGGACGGGGAACAUCGUCGAGGCAGUGCGUCACAUUCGCACGGUGAAUCGCGAGAUUGCGUUGCUGACGGCCCUCGAAGACGACGAAGUCUUCUCCUACGCGAAGCAGCUGCAGGCUCCUCUCGCGUUAGUGGAAGAGACGCGACGUCUCGGGCGCCUCCCCGUCGUGAACUUCGCAGCCGGCGGUGUAGCGACACCUGCGGAUGCGGCCCUCUGCAUGCAGUUGGGCGUCGACGGCGUUUUUGUUGGUUCCGGCAUCUUCAAGUCUGCUUGCCCUGAAAAAACAGCCAGAGCGAUUGUCGAGGCCGUGACGCACUACCAGGACGCCGGGCGCCUCGCCGAAGUCUCCAGAAAUCUGGGCGAGGCCAUGGCAGGCCUCACGAUGGAUCGCAUUGAGCGUUGGGCCGGAAGAGACACUUGUGAGACCAAACGGAGACACUGA